ACACUUGUCCUCAUCCUCAUUUAGCUGCAGGCCUGCUCCCCUCCUCUUCCCUCUGCUGGAAUGAGUGCUUGAGGAUUAAAGAGGCAGGGAGGCUGGACUAGAGGACCACAGGAUUGGGAUUGGGAUUGGGAAGAUCAGGCUGGACUGGAUUAAUACUGUGCUGUUGGAAACACGAGGCUGGACUGCAAGAAAGAGGCUGUUUUGUACUGGAACUGGUGACUGGGUUAGACAACUUUCUGGACUCUGGAGCUGGAGUGAGACUCAAACAAUGACUACUAAAAACUAAAUUAAUUGAGUGUUUUCGGCUGCACUGGGACCAGUGAGACUGCUGGUGAAGCUUCUCAGCGCACACACGCUUUCUCUGUGCCUGAUGACCUCAGUCCAGAGGAGAAACAGGAGCUGGAGAGCAUCCGCCGUAGAAAACAAGAGCUCCUGCAGGACAUACAAUUCCCUGCUCACAGGCGAAACAGAACAAUCAUCCUUUUUUUUUUCUUUCCUCUUUCUGUUUCUUCCCUCUCCUUCUUUCCCUUCUCUCUUUGUCUGCUCUCAGAGACUGAAGGAUGAGAUAGCAGAGGUGACCAAUGAGAUUGAAAAUCUGGGCCUUACUGAAGAGAGGAAAAGCAUGCAGAGGAAUAAACAGAUGGCCAUGGGCCGAAAGAAGUUCAACAUGGACCCCAAGAAGGGAAUACGUUUUUUGGUGGACAGCUCGCUGCUAAAAAACACCAGCGACGACAUCGCCCAGUUUCUUUACAAGGGGGAGGGGCUUAAUAAGACAGCCAUUGGAGACUACCUGGGGGAGCGGGAUGACUUCAACAUCGAGGUUCUGCACGCCUUCCUGGAGUUACAUGAGUUCACGGACCUGAACCUGGUUCAGGCUCUCAGGCAAUUCCUGUGGAGCUUCAGGUUGCCUGGCGAGGCUCAGAAGAUCGACCGCAUGAUGGAGGCGUUCGCACAGCGAUACUGUCACUGUAACCCCGGAGUGUUUCAGAGCACAGAUACCUGUUACGUGUUGUCAUUCGCUGUGAUCAUGUUGAACACCAGUCUACACAACCCUAACGUGAAGGACAAACCCUCCGUUCAGAGAUUCACAGCGAUGAACAGAGGAAUCAAUGACGGAGGAGACCUCCCAGAGGAUCUGCUCAGGAACCUGUAUGACAGCAUCAAGAACGAACCCUUCAAGAUCCCAGAGGAUGAUGGGAACGACCUCACACACACUUUCUUCAACCCCGACAGAGAGGGGUGGCUUCUGAAACUCGGAGGUGGACGAGUUAAGACCUGGAAGAGACGCUGGUUCAUUCUCACAGAUAACUGCCUCUACUACUUUGAAUACACCACUGAUAAAGAACCCAGAGGAAUUAUUCCACUGGAAAAUCUGAGCAUCAGAGAAGUUGAUGACUCCAAGAAACCGAACUGCUUCGAGCUCUUCAUCCCCAACCACAAAGAUCAGGUGAUCAAGGCCUGUAAGACAGAGGCAGACGGUCGCGUCGUAGAGGGAAACCACACUUUUUACAGAAUCUCUGCCCCGACCACAGAGGAGAAGGACGAAUGGAUCAACAGCAUCAAAGCUGCCAUCAGCAAAGACCCGUUCUACGAGAUGCUGGCUGCUCGGAAGAAGAAGGUGUCGUCUCUGAAGGGGCUGUAGAGCUGCUGAGGAUUCAACAUUGAAACGACAAGUACAGUUUUGACUCACCAAAGCAGCAGGCUGGACGUGGACCUGAUAUUCCUGCUGCUGCAGACACUUGGACCUGCUACAGAGGAUUCAGCUUUUAAAGAGGCUCUUAUUUUGACAACCCUCUCUUUACAGGUUUGACCUUCUGUUGAAAGUUUCAUUUUCCAUCUACAGAUGAAAUAAUUCAAUCAUAGACCUUUUUUUUUUUUAAAUCACUUCAUACAGACUAUUUGAUACACUGAGCCUCAGCUUCUCACACAUUUCACUGGAGUGAAAACAUGAAGAAGAGAGCGAGAAAUGUUUUCAUUCAGAUUGGAAAUGUAAUCAGUGUGUAACACUGAAACCUAAAUAAGGGUGAGGAAAAAACUAUUGUGAUGGAAAUGCUGGACAGUUACAGUAAGAAUCAUAUACUGGACAUUAUUGUGAUUCAGAUACUUUUCUAAAAUUGUAUAUUUUAGUUAGUUUACAACCAAUCUCUGUUUUGAUCAGCUGAGCUGUUUCCCAGAUAUGGAUUAAACCUGGUCCUGGACUGAACUGUAAUGAAGAUAUCUACUGGAAAAACUUCUUAGUUUGGUCUGGUCUUAGUCCUUGUCUGGGUCACUGGCCUCUGGACUUCAGUGUUUAGUUUGUUGCCAUAUAAAAGCUUUUUUUUUCUAAGCCUGUUUUCUUACUGCUGUUGCUCUUUUGUCGAAGCACUGUUAAUGGACAUGAAGGCAAUGCAUAAAUAGCUAAAUAUUUAUUUAUCCAGAUUUCUUGUAAUUUAUUGUUUUCAGUUUUUGUCUCAUUAAAACUUUGCAAACCAAUA